CCGCCGAGUCCUCGGUUCGGGCACACCGCCACCGCGUGCGCGGGCGGGCGUUACGUCGUCGUUUUCGGCGGUCUCGAUCGCGCCUCUGCGAGCGCGACCAAGGGCGCGCUGAACGACGUCGUCGUUCUGGACGUCGCGCAGGACGCGUGGUUCAGGCCGCGCGCGGCGAACGUCGACGCACCGCCGCCGCGCGCGUUUCACUGCGCGUGCGCGACCGGCGAUGGGCGAUGCGUCGUCGUGACGUGCGGGCGGGACGGACGCGCGCAGCACGGCGACGCGUGGCGGUUGGACUGCGAGACGUGGACGUGGACGCGGUUGACGCGCGCGGAGACGACGCCGAGGGAUUUCGCGAGCGUGGCGGCGGUCAUGGGUGAGGAUUCCAUAGUCAUGUUCGGCGGAUUCGAUGGUAAAGGAUGGAUCGGGGAGGCGGAGACGCUGACGAGGGCGAGCGAGAGCGACGCCUCUGGGCGAGCGACGCCGGAGCCGAGGAGUGGGAGCGCGAUGGUGGCUCACGGGCCGAAUUUGUUGAUCUACGGCGGGCAAGGGGCGAACGGGAGCGCGUUCAACGAUACGUGGUGCCUGAGGCGCGAGAGCGACGGAGGCUGGCGAUGGGUUCGGCUCGUCUUGCGCGGAUCGCCGCCUACGUCGAGGGCGGGUCAUGGGAUGUCGAUGAUAUCCGCGGGCGGAAUCGCGGCGCCGAAUGUCGUCGUUACGGGAGGCGUCGGCGACGACGGAUGGCUCGUCAAGGAGAGAACUUAUUUUGACGACGCGUAUUUUUUAGAUGGAGACAACGCCAAAUGGCAAAAGCUAACGUUUAGUGGCGAAGGCAACGGGCCGAGCUCACGCGCGUACCACACGCUGACGCAGGUGAGCCUGCACAAGUGCUUGUGCUUUGGUGGAUUCAACGGCGCAAACGCGUGCAACGACGCGUGGUGGCUCGUCGCGGACGAU